UAUGGGACCAGGAUCAAACCCAUGUCCCAACUGGCAUACAUUUGCAAAGGGUUCUGGGGACAAAGUCUGAGAGAAAGCAUUAGGGACUGAUCAUAUUUAAUCCUUCCUCUUCUCUUCCUCAACAGAAAGCAAGCUACCCUGUCCUCUGGGAUCUGAUGGCCUUGGAGAGGGGGCUGCAGGGCCUGCGGACACCAACUCUUCCCAGAGUGCUGGCAUGGAGCCAGACCACUCAGCCCUGAGUGCGGCAAGGGCCCAGUUUGUGGAUGUGGAGGAGCGUGAGCCAGAGGCCAUGGACGUGAAGGAGAGGAAGCCCUAUCGCUCGCUGACCAGGCGUCGAGACGCUGAGCGCCGCUACACCAGCUCGUCGGCCGACAGCGAGGAGGGCAAGGGCCCACAGAAGUCCUACAGCUCCAGCGAGACCCUGAAGGCAUAUGACCAAGAUGCUCGCCUAGCCUACGGCAGCCGCGUCAAGGACAUGGUACCACAGGAGUCGGAGGAGUUCUGCCGCACAGGCACUAAUUUCACUCUUCGAGAACUGGGACUGGGAGAGAUGACGCCCCCUCAUGGGACCCUCUACAGAACAGAUAUCAGCCUCCCACACUGUGGCUAUUCCAUGGGGGCCAGCUCUGAUGCAGACCUGGAAGCAGACACUGUGCUGUCCCCUGAACACCCAGUACGCCUGUGGGGCCGGAGCACUCGGUCAGGGCGAAGUUCCUGCCUGUCUAGCCGGGCUAACUCCAACCUCACACUCACGGACACAGAGCAUGAGAACACCGAAACCGGUGCUCCCUUGCAUUGUUCAUCAGCUUCAUCAACCCCUAUUGAGCAGUCCCCCUCCCCGCCCCCCUCCCCUCCGGCCAAUGAGAGCCAGAGGCGGUUGCUAGGCAACGGUGUGGCCCAGCCAACCCCGGACUCAGACUCUGAGGAAGAGUUUGUCCCUAAUUCAUUCUUAGUUAAAAGUGGCUCCGCCAGCCUGGGGGUCGCAGCAAACGAUCAUCCCAGCGGCCUGCAGAACCACCCUCGGCUCCGGACGCCUCCACCACCACUCCCUCACGCCCAUACCCCCAACCAGCACCACGCGGCCUCCAUCAACUCCUUGAACAGGGGUAACUUCACCCCAAGGAGCAACCCCAGCCCAGCACCCACAGACCAUUCACUCUCCGGGGAGCCCCCAGCAGGCAGCGCCCAGGAGCCAACUCAUGCCCAGGACAACUGGCUACUCAACAGUAACAUCCCACUGGAGACCAGGCACUUCCUCUUCAAGCCCGGAGGCACCUCCCCACUCUUCUGCACCACGUCCCCAGGGUACCCCCUAACGUCUAGCACCGUGUAUUCGCCCCCACCCCGGCCCCUGCCCCGCAGCACCUUCUCGCGACCAGCCUUUAACCUCAGGAAGCCUUCCAAGUACUGCAACUGGAAGUGUGCGGCACUAAGCGCCAUCCUCAUCUCAGCUACGCUCGUCAUCCUGCUCGCAUACUUUGUGGCCAUGCACCUGUUUGGCCUAAACUGGCACCUGCAGCCGAUGGAGGGGCAGAUGUAUGAGAUCACGGAGGACACAGCCAGCAGCUGGCCUGUGCCAACGGACGUCUCCCUGUAUCCCUCAGGGGGCACUGGCUUAGAGACCCCUGACAGGAAAGGCAAAGGAGCCGCAGAAGGAAAGCCAAGUAGUUUAUUUCCAGAGGACAGUUUCAUAGACUCUGGAGAAAUCGAUGUGGGGAGACGGGCUUCCCAGAAGAUCCCGCCUGGAACGUUCUGGAGAUCUCAGGUGUUCAUAGACCAUCCUGUGCAUCUGAAGUUCAAUGUGUCUCUGGGGAAAGCAGCUCUGGUUGGCAUUUACGGCAGAAAAGGCCUUCCUCCUUCUCAUACUCAGUUUGACUUUGUAGAGCUACUGGAUGGAAGAAGGCUGCUAACCCAAGAGGCAAGGAGCCUGGAGGGUCCUCAGCGCCAGUCUCGAGGCACCGUCCCCCCAUCCAGCCAUGAGACCGGUUUCAUCCAGUAUCUGGAUUCAGGAAUCUGGCACCUGGCCUUUUACAAUGAUGGGAAAGAGUCUGAAGUGGUUUCCUUCCUCACCACCGCCAUUGAAUCAGUGGAGAACUGCCCCAGCAACUGCUAUGGUAACGGUGACUGCAUUUCCGGGACCUGCCACUGCUUCCUGGGUUUUCUGGGCCCCGACUGUGGCCGAGCAUCCUGCCCCGUGCUGUGCAGCGGGAACGGCCAGUACAUGAAGGGCAGGUGCCUGUGCCACAGUGGCUGGAAGGGUGCGGAGUGCGACGUGCCUACCAACCAGUGCAUCGACGUGGCCUGCAGCAGCCAUGGCACCUGUAUCAUGGGCACCUGCAUCUGUAACCCUGGCUACAAGGGCGAGAGCUGUGAGGAAGUGGACUGCAUGGACCCCACGUGCUCCAGUAGGGGUGUCUGUGUGAGAGGCGAGUGCCACUGCUCUGUGGGAUGGGGAGGCACCAACUGCGAGACACCCAGGGCCACGUGCUUGGACCAGUGCUCAGGCCACGGAACCUUCCUCCCAGACACCGGGCUCUGCAACUGUGACCCAAGCUGGACUGGACACGACUGUUCCAUUGAGAUCUGUGCUGCUGACUGUGGUGGCCACGGCGUCUGUGUAGGAGGCACCUGCCGCUGUGAGGAUGGCUGGAUGGGGGCUGCAUGCGACCAACGGGCCUGCCACCCACGCUGUGCAGAACACGGGACCUGCCGGGAUGGCAAGUGCGAAUGCAGCCCUGGCUGGAACGGCGAACACUGCACCAUUGCUCACUAUCUGGAUAGGGUAGUUAAAGAGGGCUGUCCUGGCUUGUGCAAUGGGAAUGGCAGAUGUACCCUGGACCUGAAUGGGUGGCACUGUGUCUGCCAGCUGGGCUGGCGAGGAGCUGGCUGCGACACCUCCAUGGAAACAGCCUGUGGAGACAGCAAAGACAACGACGGAGAUGGCUUGGUAGACUGCAUGGACCCUGACUGCUGCCUCCAGCCCCUCUGCCAUGUCAACCCGCUGUGCCUAGGCUCCCCUGAUCCUCUGGACAUCAUCCAAGAGACACAGGCCCCGGUCUCCCAGCAGAACCUGCACUCCUUCUACGACCGAAUCAAGUUUCUCGUGGGCAGGGACAGCACGCAUGUCAUCCCUGGGGAGAACCCCUUUGACGGAGGACAUGCUUGUGUCAUCCGUGGACAAGUGAUGACGUCAGAUGGGACCCCACUGGUUGGCGUGAACAUCAGUUUCAUCAAUAACCCUCUCUUUGGGUACACAAUCAGUCGGCAAGAUGGCAGCUUUGACCUGGUCACAAACGGCGGCAUCUCCAUCAUCUUGAGAUUCGAACGGGCACCCUUCAUCACACAGGAACAUACCCUCUGGCUACCCUGGGACCGCUUCUUUGUCAUGGAAACCAUCAUCAUGAGACACGAGGAGAAUGAGAUCCCCAGCUGUGACCUGAGCAACUUUGCCCGCCCCAACCCAGUGGUCUCUCCAUCCCCACUGACAUCCUUCGCCAGCUCCUGUGCUGAGAAAGGACCCAUUGUCCCAGAAAUCCAGGCCCUGCAAGAGGAAAUCGUCAUUGCUGGCUGCAAGAUGAGGUUGAGCUAUCUGAGCAGCCGCACCCCUGGCUAUAAGUCUGUCCUGAGGAUCAGUCUCACACACCCCACCAUCCCCUUCAACCUCAUGAAGGUCCACCUCAUGGUAGCAGUUGAGGGUCGGCUCUUCAGGAAGUGGUUUGCUGCGGCUCCUGACCUAUCCUAUUACUUCAUCUGGGACAAGACAGACGUCUACAACCAGAAAGUGUUUGGGCUCUCGGAAGCCUUCGUUUCCGUGGGUUACGAAUAUGAAUCUUGCCCAGAUCUGAUCCUGUGGGAGAAAAGGACAGCAGUGCUGCAGGGCUAUGAAAUCGAUGCCUCCAAGCUGGGGGGCUGGAAUCUGGAUAAGCACCAUGCCCUGAACAUCCAGAGUGGCAUCCUGCACAAAGGGAAUGGAGAGAACCAGUUCGUGUCCCAGCAGCCACCAGUCAUCGGCAGCAUCAUGGGCAAUGGGCGCAGGAGGAGCAUCUCCUGCCCCAGCUGCAAUGGCCUGCCGAUGGCAACAAGCUCUAGCCCGUGGCCCCUCACCUGUGGUUCUGGGGAGUCUCGUGGGAACUUCAACUACAUCGAAGGAUCUUCCCCUCUAGAUGUCAACAUCCUGGAGAUGGGUAUAAAUAAAGAUUUCAGACAUAGUCACAGCCCAGCACACAAAUACUACCUGGCUACAGACCCCAUGAGCGGGGCCGUCUUCCUGUCUGACACCAACAGCCGGCGGGUCUUCAAGGUCAAGUCCACCACCGUGGUGAAGGACCUGGUCAAGAACUCCGAGGUGGUAGCAGGGACUGGUGACCAGUGCCUCCCCUUCGAUGAUACUCGCUGCGGAGACGGUGGGAAAGCCACAGAAGCCACGCUCACUAAUCCCAGGGGAAUUACAGUGGACAAGUUUGGGCUCAUUUACUUCGUGGAUGGCACCAUGAUCAGACGUGUUGAUCAAAAUGGGAUCAUCUCCACUUUGCUGGGCUCCAAUGAUCUCACCUCAGCCAGGCCCCUCAGCUGUGACUCCGUCAUGGAUAUUUCUCAGGUUCGCCUGGAGUGGCCCACAGACUUAGCCAUCAACCCAAUGGAUAAUUCCCUCUAUGUCCUCGACAACAACGUGGUCCUACAAAUCUCUGAAAACCACCAGGUACGCAUUGUCGCUGGGAGGCCCAUGCACUGCCAGGUUCCUGGCAUCGAUCACUUCCUGCUGAGCAAGGUAGCCAUCCACGCAACCCUGGAGUCAGCCACUGCUUUGGCCGUUUCACACAAUGGAGUCUUGUAUAUCGCUGAGACCGACGAGAAGAAGAUCAACCGUAUCAGGCAGGUCACGACAAGUGGUGAGAUCUCACUGGUUGCUGGUGCCCCCAGCGGCUGUGACUGUAAAAACGACGCCAACUGCGACUGCUUCUCUGGAGAUGAUGGCUACGCCAAGGACGCAAAGCUGAACACCCCAUCUUCCUUGGCCGUGUGUGCAGACGGGGAGCUCUAUGUGGCCGACCUUGGAAACAUCCGAAUCCGAUUUAUCCGGAAGAACAAGCCUGUCCUGAACACCCAGAACAUGUAUGAGCUGUCCUCCCCCAUCGACCAGGAGCUGUACCUCUUUGACACCAGUGGCAAGCAUCUGUACACUCAGAGCCUGCCCACAGGAGACUACCUGUACAACUUCACUUACACGGGGGACGGGGACAUCACACACAUCACAGACAACAAUGGCAACAUGGUGAACGUCCGCCGAGAUUCUACUGGGAUGCCUCUCUGGCUGGUAGUCCCGGACGGCCAGGUAUACUGGGUAACCAUGGGCACCAACAGCGCACUCAGAAGUGUGACCACGCAAGGACACGAGCUGGCUAUGAUGACAUACCAUGGCAACUCUGGCCUCUUGGCGACCAAAAGCAAUGAAAACGGCUGGACAACGUUUUAUGAGUAUGACAGUUUUGGUCGCCUGACAAACGUGACCUUUCCAACUGGCCAGGUGAGCAGUUUCCGAAGCGAUACAGACAGCUCAGUGCACGUGCAGGUAGAGACCUCGAGCAAAGACGAUGUCACCAUAACCACCAACCUGUCUGCCUCGGGUGCCUUCUACACUCUCUUACAAGACCAAGUCCGGAACAGCUACUACAUCGGGGCCGAUGGCUCCCUGAGGCUGCUGCUGGCCAAUGGCAUGGAAGUGGCUCUGCAGACCGAGCCACACCUGCUGGCUGGCACUGUCAACCCCACUGUAGGCAAGAGGAAUGUCACGCUGCCCAUUGAUAAUGGCCUCAACCUGGUGGAAUGGCGACAGCGCAAGGAGCAGGCUCGUGGUCAGGUCACGGUCUUUGGACGCCGUCUGCGGGUUCACAACCGAAACCUCUUAUCCUUGGACUUUGACCGUGUCACACGCACAGAGAAGAUCUAUGACGACCAUCGGAAGUUCACCCUUCGGAUCCUAUAUGACCAGGCAGGGAGGCCUAGCCUCUGGUCACCUAGCAGCAGGCUGAAUGGUGUCAAUGUGACCUACUCCCCUGGAGGUCACAUUGCUGGAAUCCAAAGGGGCAUCAUGUCUGAGAGAAUGGAAUAUGACCAGGCCGGCCGCAUCACAUCCCGGAUCUUUGCGGAUGGGAAGAUGUGGAGUUACACGUACUUAGAGAAGUCCAUGGUGCUCCACCUGCACAGCCAGAGGCAGUACAUCUUCGAGUUUGACAAGAACGACCGCCUCUCUUCUGUGACCAUGCCCAACGUAGCCCGGCAGACGCUGGAGACCAUUCGCUCAGUGGGCUACUACAGGAACAUCUACCAACCGCCGGAAGGCAAUGCCUCAGUCAUACAGGACUUCACUGAGGACGGACACCUGUUACAUACCUUCUACUUGGGCACUGGCCGCAGGGUGAUUUACAAGUACGGCAAGUUGUCAAAGCUGGCUGAGACCCUGUACGACACCACCAAGGUAAGCUUCACCUACGACGAGACCGCGGGCAUGCUGAAGACGGUCAACCUACAGAAUGAGGGCUUCACCUGCACUAUCCGCUACCGUCAGAUUGGGCCCCUGAUCGACCGUCAGAUCUUCCGAUUCACGGAAGAAGGCAUGGUCAAUGCCCGUUUUGAUUACAACUAUGACAACAGUUUCCGCGUGACCAGCAUGCAGGCCGUGAUCAAUGAGACCCCGCUGCCCAUCGAUCUCUACCGCUAUGACGAUGUGUCCGGGAAGACAGAACAGUUUGGGAAGUUUGGUGUCAUCUACUACGACAUCAACCAGAUCAUUACCACAGCCGUCAUGACGCACACCAAGCAUUUCGACGCUUACGGCAGGAUGAAGGAAGUGCAGUACGAGAUUUUCCGGUCACUCAUGUACUGGAUGACUGUUCAGUAUGAUAACAUGGGACGGGUGGUGAAGAAGGAGCUCAAGGUGGGACCCUACGCCAACACCACCCGCUACUCCUAUGAGUACGACGCCGACGGCCAGCUGCAGACGGUCUCCAUCAAUGACAAGCCACUCUGGCGGUACAGCUAUGACCUCAACGGAAACCUCCACUUGCUGAGCCCUGGGAACAGCGCGCGGCUCACACCGUUACGGUACGACCUCCGAGACCGCAUCACGAGGCUGGGCGAUGUGCAGUACAAGAUGGAUGAAGACGGCUUCCUAAGGCAGCGAGGCGGGGAUGUCUUCGAGUACAAUUCAGCCGGCCUGCUCAUCAAAGCCUACAACCGGGCUAGUGGGUGGAGUGUCAGGUACCGCUAUGACGGCCUGGGGCGGCGAGUGUCCAGCAAGAGCAGCCACAGCCACCACCUACAGUUCUUCUACGCAGACCUGACCAACCCCACCAAGGUCACCCACCUCUACAACCACUCCAGCUCUGAGAUCACGUCCCUCUACUAUGAUCUGCAAGGACACCUCUUUGCCAUGGAGCUGAGCAGUGGCGAUGAGUUUUACAUAGCUUGUGACAAUAUCGGGACCCCCCUUGCUGUCUUCAGUGGAACCGGCCUGAUGAUUAAGCAGAUCCUAUACACAGCCUAUGGGGAGAUCUACAUGGACACGAACCCCAACUUCCAGAUCAUCAUUGGCUACCACGGCGGCCUUUAUGAUCCACUCACCAAACUUGUCCACAUGGGCCGACGGGAUUAUGAUGUGCUGGCCGGACGCUGGACGAGCCCAGACCACGAACUCUGGAAACGCCUGAGUAGCAGCAGCAUCGUGCCUUUUCACCUCUACAUGUUUAAGAACAACAACCCCAUCAGCAACUCUCAGGACAUCAAGUGCUUCAUGACAGAUGUCAACAGCUGGCUACUCACCUUCGGAUUCCAGCUGCACAACGUGAUACCUGGCUACCCCAAGCCAGACACAGAUGCCAUGGAGCCCUCCUAUGAGCUCGUGAGCACACAGAUGAAAACUCAGGAAUGGGACAACAGCAAGUCCAUCCUCGGGGUACAGUGUGAAGUUCAGAAGCAACUCAAAGCCUUCGUUACCUUAGAACGCUUUGACCAGCUUUACGGCUCCACCAUCACCAGCUGCCAACAGGCCCCAGAGACAAAGAAGUUUGCCUCCAGUGGUUCCAUCUUUGGCAAGGGGGUCAAGUUUGCCUUGAAAGACGGUCGAGUGACCACUGACAUCAUCAGUGUGGCCAAUGAGGACGGGCGGAGGAUUGCGGCCAUCUUGAACAAUGCCCACUAUCUAGAGAACCUUCACUUCACCAUCGACGGGGUGGACACCCACUACUUUGUGAAACCAGGACCUUCGGAAGGUGACCUGGCCAUCCUGGGCCUCAGUGGGGGGCGGAGAACCCUGGAGAACGGGGUCAACGUCACUGUGUCCCAAAUCAACACCAUGCUCGGUGGCAGGACUAGACGCUACACUGACAUCCAGCUGCAGUACAGGGCACUGUGCCUGAACACCCGCUAUGGGACAACCGUGGACGAGGAAAAGGUACGGGUGCUGGAGCUGGCCAGGCAGAGAGCUGUACGCCAGGCCUGGGCCCGAGAGCAGCAGAGACUGCGGGAAGGGGAAGAGGGCCUGCGGGCCUGGACAGACGGGGAGAAGCAGCAGGUGCUGAACACGGGGCGGGUGCAAGGCUAUGACGGCUUCUUUGUGACUUCCGUGGAGCAGUACCCAGAACUGUCAGACAGCGCCAACAACAUCCACUUCAUGAGACAGAGCGAGAUGGGCCGAAGGUGACAGAAAGGGCCAAGGCCUGGACUUCUUGCCAAAGACAGCUACUCUUGUGUGGCCGUAUACCUGACUGUGUUGUACUUAACAAAAAAACAAAAACAAAAAACAAAAUACAAAAACUUUUUUUAAAACAAGUGCAGAAAACAAAACAGAAAGAUAUUUGUUGCAUUGUUUAAUUCAUGCAACAUCUUUUUUUUUUUAAGAAAAGAAAAACACAAAUUUGGCCUUCACACAUUUUUUGCUAAGAAUGGAAGGGUUUGUUCUGUUCUUUCUGUUUUUUUUUUUUCUCUGUAGUGUGAUCAUGAUGAUAACUUUAUUGUCUUCUGUUCCCCUUUUUCCUUGAGGAAUUCCCCCUGUCACUGGGGGUACAUUUCUCCUCUCCUGGGGAAACACAUCUCCUGGGGUGAUUCCUCCUCGGCCCCUAGGUACCCAGUGUGAUGUGAGACGCGAGUGUCUGUGCUAACUUGUCUCCUCUGUAACCCUUUCUUCCUGAGGGCAGGAGUGAGGGGUGCAGAGAGCCACGGCCCGGUGGGACCUUGGGAGCUUUGGUUAGGCUCCCACAGAAAGUGGUGAGUUGCUCCUCACCAUGUUUUGUGCCUCCCGAGGACCUACAUCAUGCUCUGGAAAAUUCCAUGAUGUUAUUCAGCACCUUGUCAAGCCACCCCAAACUCCUGCCCAAGCUUUAUAUUUUGAUGCUAAAUGAACCCCCCUCUCCCUUUUACAAAUCUCUAGUGUAGUUGUCAGUGCCACCCCUGCCCCAUAAUGAAAUAGAGAAAGCGUCUCCGAGGCCCUUUCCCUAAUCCGGUGAUAAAACAUCCUGGGCCUGUGAGCCCCAACCUUUCCCAGAGGUGAAGGCACCCAGGACGUCUGUGAGCUGUUGAUCCUCCAUGAU